UUUUUUUUUUUUUUUUUUUUUUUUUUUUUUUAUAAAUAGCCCACUAUUUUUUUUCGCAUCUUUUUUGUUUCCGUUAUUUUAUAUAAAAAGGCUUCUUUUUUUUGUAACUCUUUUUCUCAAAAAGAAUCUUCAAAGAAAAAAUAAAACUCACUGACUCGAGUCGUAGUAAUUUUUUAAAUACAAUAAUGUCUAACGCUAUUGUGUCUAAUGUUUAUCGAUUUGUGAUUGACGAUGUCAUCAAUCAAGUACGUGGUGAUUUCGAGGAUAUGGGCAUAGACGAUGCUAUUUUGCAGGAAUUACAAAGAUCUUGGGAAUCAAAAGUAGCUAGAUCUCGUGUAGCCAACUUUGGUUUUAAGGACGAUGGUUAUUAUGACGAAGAUGGCGAGAAUUCUGCUGCGGCCAAUAAUUCAAUUCCCAAUCCUCCAGCGUCUCUCAAUACGAAUAAUGGUAAUGAACCCGCAUUACAGUAUCCUUCAGAAUACGCUGGUCAACCUGCUGCCGCUAGUUUAGUUAAUUUGGCUACCGCUGCUGGUAGAUCCCAACAACAGCAACAACAACAGCAACAACAACAACAACAUCAACAGCAACAGCAUCAACAACAUCAACAGCAACAACAUCAUCAUCAACAACAACAACAACAACAGCAACAACAGCAACAACAUCAGCAACAGCAACAACCACAAGGUUAUAGUCUUCCACCAAGAAUGAUCCCUGACCCAAGUACUCUUGCUAAUCAAUACCAAAUGAUGCAACCUCCUCUCAACAAUAGCGAUAGUUCAAAGAACCUUCCCGAAUUACAAUUACCUGGACUUCCCAGACCAAAUCUUCCUCAAAACGAUGGUGCAAAUGAUGAAUUAACUACUCGUGAAAUUGAUCAACGUAUUGAAGAUAUGAUUCAAACAAGUCAGGAAGAAGAGGAAGAGCAUGAAAUUACAUUUUCUGCCUCGUCGUUCUCGGGUGAACCUCUUACAUUAGAAUCUCUUCCUGAUAGUGUCAAAGAGUUAAUGAAGGAAGCUAGAGAGAGAGCCAUUAAGGCUGGUGCUUUAAAAUCAAAAACUCGUAUUCCUCAAUUGGAUGGUGAAGGAGAGGAGGAAGUCGCUGACGAGGAUGAUAUUAAUUCAGACUUGGAUGACACUGACGAUGACGAUGACGAUGGAGAGGGAGGAGAGGAAAUUGAGCAUAUCAUCUUGUGUUUAUAUGAUAAAGUUACAAGAACAAAGAAUAAGUGGAAGUGCAUAUUAAAGGAUGGCAUUAUGUUGGUCAACGGUAGAGACUAUUUGUUCCACCGUGCAAAUGGUGAUUUUGAGUGGUAAAAAAAAAAAAAGAAAAAAAAAAAGAGAAAGAAAUAAUAAAAAAAAAAAAAGUUUUAUAUAAAAUAAAAUAAUAUACA